CUCUUUUUUCUCACUUCCUCUCCCCCUUUCCUCUACUUUUCUCUCUUCCGCCCCUAGCCCUUCCUUCUUCGCUCAAACAUACUCUUCUUCCAAAUCAUCCCGUAAAUAUGCCAAACGGCUGCAUGUGGCUGGCACAGCCGUCACCACCGAAAUUCAACAACGCAUAUGCUCAGCAACAGCGACAUCGACUCUUGGACUUACCCAAAGAACUGCUGCUCGAAAUUGUCUCCAAUGUCGCAGUGUCGCCCAAUGAGAUAUACCCCAUUUCUUUGCUAGAACUUUCAAAGACCUGUCGCUACCUGCAUCAUCUGAUUCACAAAGAUCCAUGGCGCCAGGCUAUUCUAUGGCCGAGAGCAUUUGCGGCUCGUUUCGAUACACAAGCAAUAUAUCGUCGGCAACUACAGCAUGAUCUCGAUUGGCAACGUGCGUUUGAACAGAGGUACAAGACGCUUGCGACUUGUCGUCGUGUUGCUGAUAGACUGCUCAUAGCGCAGCAGCAACAUCAACACCGACUACAGACAGCAGCGGUAGCACGAGACCUCACUGGUCGACUGCUGGGUAACAUCGACUGGAAAACGAUCUGGUGCAUGGUCACCGAGCAUGACGAGCUUAACGUUCCGCUGCUUCUAAACCACCAAGUGCAUUUACUAGCUGGUGCUGCGUUUCAAUUGGGCGCCUAUCGUGAUCGAGAAGUCUACCCUGUGGUCCUGCCUAUUUUGUCGCUGCUGGUCAAUUAUGACUUUACGGUUACGCGAUUCUUUACAUCUGAAGUAUCACCGCACAUAGUGUCACAGGAACUGAGUCAGUUUGCCUAUGACUUUGAAGCCGAUGCUUUAAUUACAAAGCACAUGUCCCCGCGUCUGUUCCAUUCUGAGCUGGACAGGCAACAGCGACAACAACAACAACAUGACAAUGGUAUCAUCAGCCAUCAUACUAAAUGGAACACACAUGACAAUGAAGACGACGGUGAUCAUGGCGAGCACGACGCUGUUUUAUCUAUUCUUCCUCCUCCUGGUGCAUUUUAUCCAGCUCAAGAUCCUCUCACAUCAGCAUUCCAUCUAUUUUUUACAACGGUCUUUGCAUGUCACCCAGCCCCUUAUCAAGACAUUCCCAAUUGCUCCCCAAUUCCCCUAUUUCCGCUAAACUCUACAAUGUUUGACGUCGAGUUUUUACGCCGCUAUGAACGUGAACUCUUUCUGGCUAGUCUACGAGAGUCCCGUGAUGCUUGGCACGAAAAGCAACAACACAAAGCAGAAACAACAGCAAUUACAACGACCACCGCAGAAUCGUCAUCAUCCGAACGGAGAGAAAACAUUUUCAGCUCGACCGGAUUCGCUUCAUCUACCCAUUAUGUCAGCGAAGCACAUUUAAUUGAAGGCGAAUGGAUGGGCUAUUACUCGUUCCUGGAUAUCGACGACGAUGGCGAUGAUGACGAAGAUGAUGACAACCGUGAAUACGACAAUAACAACCGGAAUCGUAACAUUGAUAACAACGGAAACCAACCGCCACCACAGCAUCAUCAAUUACCAAUGACAGCGGCGUCAACAGCAACACCUAGCACAGCCUCGGACUGGUUCGAUGGCCCUAUGCGACUAACACUACGAAUCGUCCCUCUUGAAGACGAAGCACUAUCACCAUGGCACCACAACAACCACGCUAAUGAACCCAACACAAAGGCUAGCUUCCCAUCCUGUCAUUUACGUACAUGUCCGCUCACGCGAUUUGAGGGCAAUGGUAUCGAUAAUCUUGGUGCUUUCCAUGUUAGCGGCCUGAUUGAUGAUACAGAAGACGGCCAAGUAACAUGGGAGAAAACUUACUUGGAUUCCGACGAAACUUGGGAAUAUGCUGGGCGCUUUAUUCUGCCGAUGGGCUUAUGUGGCCGCUGGGGAGACGAACAGUAUGGUGGCCCAUGGUGGAUCUGGAAAGUAAACGAUGAUCAGGCCGCUCCUCCGGUGGCUUCUACAGCCAAAUGACCUUUUCUUUUUCUUAUGUGCCGCACGCUAUCGUCUUCUUUCCCCCCCUUCAGCCUCAUUGUUUGUCAAAACUCUGUCUCUCACUGUCUACUUUUGCCCUUUCCUUCCAAAGCAGCACUCACUCGCUCACUUUCAUUAUCUUACUUAAAUUAUGCACACAAUCCAGCAGCAAAUUCCACAAUCAAAAAGAAAUUACACACCACCACACUCUCACAUACUUACUUCUAUUACCUUUCCACGCACAAACACUUACUCUCAUUUGUCUUCAAGCAUACCUUAAUUCUUUCAUUUACCGGCAUUCUCUCACUUACAAAACUACUGCAUUCUAAUAAACAAUCUAAUAAAAGACCAUAUCAUAUGGCCUCAUACACAUAAAUGCUAG